UUACAUAACUGUACCGUACGGAAUCGACUAAUUAGCUGACUUACGAGGCCAGCUGAUUAGUGUAGUAACGAAGUGCUGAGUGCUGAUAUCUGCUUCAGUCCUUGGAGACUUUACGCAGGAUUUCGUUUGGUUAGAAAACUGACGCAUCAACCUCACUUCUGAGUCCUCGAAAACUCGGAGGGAAUUACCGCCGACGAUAUUAUUACAUCGCAGAACAUUAAGGAACUCUUGGAACUCCCCGCGAACGAUUAUUACAUCCCUGAGCAUUAACGAAGCACAGAUUAACGAGCUUUCGACUCCAGGAGUCAUUCAUCAUCGCAAGAAGUUAAAAGGCAUCGCGUAGAAACUUGUUAGAAGCUGCUGUAGCUGAAACCUUCGAGGGACUGUGCAUUAACUGAUCGAGUAGGGAAUCUAGGUGGGACAUAUAACUGGUUGUAGACUGAGAGGAGCAGCGUUAGUGAACCCUCCCCAGACAAGCUUGUUGAGUAGUGGUUACAACAAGCGUUACAGCAGAAUUGUAGUCCGUAGCGUCCCCCGUCUUGUAGCAAAGUUGUGGCGUUCACCCCUGAAGUCAUCAUUCUGCCCCUGACCGAGAAAAAACAAUCCCAGAAGCCUCCUCUGGAAUACUUCAUCUCGGACUCCGGCGACGUUCUGUACCUGGUAACCGACGGCAACCACCUGGUAACCGGGGGCAACCACCCAGUCGCCAUGAUGAACCGUGACCCGACCAUGUCCAGCCUCUCGGACAUCGACGAAGUCGCGCCAAAACCUUCCGACAUCGAGGUGUUUGCCGGUAACUCAACCUUCCAUGGCAUCAACCAUGUCUUCACAAACGGCCGUUGCAGCAUUCGCCGGAUCCUCUGGGGUCUGGCCUUCCUCACAUCGUUCGGCCUUCUCGUAAACCAAGGUGUGGACCGAGUGCUGUACUUUUUCCAGUAUCCGCAUGUCACCAAGCUGGAUGAACUGGAAGCACAGAUGAUGUCGUUUCCAGCCAUCACUAUCUGUAAUCUCAACCCCUUCCGGUUCUCGCAGAUCACAAAGAAUGAUCUGUACCACAUGGGUCACGCCUUCGAGAUGCUGAAACCGGACAAGACACUCGCACACAGUAACUACAUCGAUCCAGAACAUCUAAGAACACUCAAGAUGCUCUCAGACUUCGAUAACAACUUUACACCUACCAAGAGUUUCAGCAUGAAGGAGUUCUACGUCCGAGCCGUGAUCCAGAUUGAUGAAAUGCUGAGCUUCAGCAUGAAGGAGUUCUAUGACCGAGCCGGGAUCCAGAUAGAUGAAAUGCUGCUGAGUUUCAGCAUGACGGAGUUCUACGACCGAGCCGGGAUCCAGAUAGAUGAAAUGCUGCUGAAGUGCAGUUAUCGGGGAGAAGACAACUGCGGGCCCAGAAACUUCUCAACCUGUGAUUUCUCCGGUUAG